GUCAGGUGGUAGUGUGUGGUGGCGCCGCUAGGUGGCUCUGUCAGAUCAUGUGAUGGGAUCGAACUGAGAACAACUGUCACCCUCACCUAACUCAACCCAACACCUUCAUUUCUACACUUCAUUAAGAUAGUGUGAGCAGCUUACCAAAAUGUCAUAUACUGAAUACUGGCUGAUCUCUGCUCCAGGAGAUAAGACAUGUCAACAGACAUGGGAGAAGAUGAACAAUCUCACAGCUGUUCAAAACCAAUUAAGUGUUAAUCACAAAUUUCACCUCCCAGAUCUCAAGGUUGGUACUUUGGAUCAACUGGUUGGCCUGAGUGAUGAUUUGGCUAAAUUGGACACCUAUGUAGAGACAGUGACCCGCAAGAUGGCCGGUUACUUGGGAGAAGUGCUAGAAGAUCAACGUGAUAAACUACCAGAAAAUCUUCUUGCUAACCAAAUGGACCUAGCUACCUACUUGACAAAGUUCCAGUGGGAAAUGGCUAAAUUUCCAAUCAAACAAUCAUUACGAGGUAUUGUGGAUGCCAUCAAUAACCAGGUCACUCAGAUUGAAAAUGACCUCAAAUCCAAAUCUUCAAAUUAUAACAACCUGAAGUCAAAUCUUGCCAAUAUGGAGAGGAAACAAACUGGAAGCCUGUUGACAAGAAACCUUGGCGAACUGGUGAAGAAAGAAGAUUUUGUUCAGAAUAGUGAAUACCUUGUCACCUUGUUGGUGGUAGUGCCCAAAAUGUAUUAUCCAGAUUGGCAAACAAAAUAUGAACAUCUGUCUGAUAUGGUUGUGCCCCGAUCCUCCCGCAUGAUCUUUGAAGACCAUGACCAUGGUCUGUUUACUGUCACACUUUUCUCGAAGGUAGUUGAUGAAUAUAAACUCCAUGCUCGAGAGAACAAAUUUGUUGUGCGGGAAUUUACAUACAAUGAAGAAGAGCUUACAGCUGGAAAGAAUGAACUCUCUAAGCUCAUCAAUGACAAGAAGAGGCAUUUUGGUCCUUUGGUACGCUGGCUGAAAGUCAACUUCAGUGAAUGUUUCAUAUGCUGGAUACACGUAAAGGCAAUAAGAGUAUUUGUAGAGUCAGUACUCAGAUAUGGGUUACCAGUGAACUUCCAAGCCAUGCUUCUUCACCCAAAUAAAAAGAGUGUUAAAAGGCUGCGUGAUACACUCAAUCAGCUGUAUUCUCACCUGGACUCCUCUGCAACAGGAGGAGCAGGAGAUAUCGUGGACAUCCCUGGCUUAGGUUUCAAUACAAGUGAAUAUUUUCCUUAUGUGUAUUUUAAGAUCAACACGGACAUGAUUGGCGAUCAUAGGGCUUAGAUCAUUUCCAAGUGCUUUUGAUGUUAUUUGCCAAAUUGAAAAACUCAGAGUAAUAUAUAGUCAGAGUAAAUUUUUUUUUUUUUUUUUUUAAUAAUAGUUAAACCUAUAUGUUGGCGAGAAUAUUUGAAAAAUAAAAUAGUGUAUAUAUGAGAUGCAUGUUAAAAAAGAAUUUUGUUAUAGUAAUGCACAAAGACAUUGAAUUCAUUAACUCUUUAUGCAGAUGUAAAGUUGUAAAAGUAUAUUCCAUGUUUAUGAAUUCCUAUUUUAGAGACAAAUUUUUAUUUAUUUAUUGAUAGUGAAAGAAACGUAAUACUGUAUAUUUCAUUUGUACAUUUUCUUUUAAUAGAUUAGUUCAAUUUGUACAUCUGGGUUUUAGGUUUCUGGAGGAAACAGUCACAUUCCUGAUACUCUUUCAUUCCAACAUUUAUUUUUAAAUGUGUGAGCUACAUUGAACAAUUAGAUGGUAAUAAAUGUUGUGUAAAAUAGUUCACUACAUGUAGUGAAAUGUGCGAAGCCAGAUACUGACAGCUAAACCAUUCUUUUUACUUUAUAUUAUAGAUGAGAAUAUUCUUCCCUAAUGGCACAAAAUUAUAAGAUUUUAUUUUUUGAUAUUUUCAUGGCAGUGUAUGACUUUUUUGGGUUUAACCUGAAUUCCUCACUAGAUUAUAUAUAUAUAUAUAUAUAUAUAUCUAGAUAGAUCUAUAUAUAUAUAUAGAUAUAUACAGCUGAAUUUCUCCAGCCUGGAAAUUAUGGUGCCAAAAAAAAAAAAAGUAGAACUCAGGAUUUUCAGAUUAGAUAUUAUAUACAUGUAGUUUGAAAAACCUGAUCUUUUUUACGUGCCCCUUGAUACUCAAAGUUAACAGUUGACAUCAGAAUCUACUUUUCUUUAAACUUGUUAAUAUAUAUCAUACAUAUUAUGUACAGUACUUAUAUUUGUCUCCUUUUCCCUCUCUCCAUUCUCUAUUUCUCUCAAUAUAUCUCACUCCUCUCUCUGCAGACCCUUAUGGGUUUAGUGCUUGGUUAUAAUUAUAAUCACCUGAUCUCUGCAUGUACCAAUGAAAUGCAUGAGCUGAAAACAGUGUUGCCUUUUGGCAAGGCAUACUUGUGUCGUGCACAAUCUGAAUAUGUAAGAGUACACCAUACAGUAUAGUAUACUGUACCUGAAAUGUUAUCUUUGUCCUCCCCUUGCUACUCUUUUCCCCUAUUUCUCCCCAUCUCCCUAUUUUGUCCUCUCUGGGCAUGUUCCCUUGAGGGAGCUGUUGUAGAACUAUGGUGGAUCACCAAAACUCAGCUCAUAGAAUCAUAAGAUAGGCUUGUAGUGGAUGGUGGUGUCAAUUCUGUAACUGUACAGUGCUAUGAAACAACAUUCCACUGUCAGUUCACCAUCUCUUAGGUUGUCCUGUCUAUCAGCAGGCAUACAGAAUUUUCUUCCAACGUUGUCACCACCCUAACAUACUUAUUUUAACUGACCUCAUUGACAGCCUCACCUUUUAUGCACACUGCCUUUUUGACUUUCAUAAACUGCCUCAUUACACCAACAUUGAUUAUAUUUUCCCUUUAGCACUCUUCACUACCCUUACUAAGUCUGCCUCUUGCACAUGCCUACCCCCCACUGGUCUUCGAUCUUUUAUGUGUUCCUUCUUGAGUACAUCCCACCCUACAGUGCUAUAUGAUCCUUGCAGGUUUAACACUAGCUUUUAAUUAUAAUAAUAUGAAACAACAGUUAAUUAUUGCAAGGGUAAUUUUUCAUAUAAUUUGGCAAAACACUGGUGCCAUGAGUUGAUGAACUUAAUAUCUCCUUACAGUUAAUUGUGGGUGUUGUAAUAUGAAAUGCCAGACUGGAGGCCUUUGACUGUAUUUGCAUUGUAAAUGGCUCUGCAUUUGACACAAAUAGUGAGUCUGACAUUUCUAAAUAUUGACCUCACAUAAGUAGAGCUCUGAAUAUAUGAUAUAAUACACACUUUAACAAUAACUAGAAUUUUAUAUGUAAAUUAACAAGCUUCAGGUGUUAUAUUUAAUGUUGGGUGACAGUGUCUGUUGACUGAUGUACAGAUUGGUAAAUAAUUUUCAUGUGAAUAAAUAGUACACAUUU